GUUUAUUCCUGAAAAGCCGCCGAUAACUAUCAGUAGCAACAUCGCUGACGCAGAGUGCACACACUUCAUUCAUCAAGACUGACAUCAUCCCUUUUGCCGUUCCACGGUCAUUCGUGUUUUUGAAACACUUUUCAACGUUUCGCUAGAGUUUGACCUUCCGUUAAAAUUUAUUCCCGUUUCAAACGAUUGCUUCCCAAGUGCUGGAAAAUGUCUGCGAGUUUGGAUUUCUAUCGCGUCGGAGACGCAAUCUGCGAUGAAAUUCUCGGCCUGUUGGAAAUGACCGCCAAUGAAACGCUCAAGAAGCAGGACGUGUUCCGGCUUGGAGUGUCAGGCGGAUCGAUCGCGAAUGUGCUAUCCGAGGGUAUGCACGAUUUGCGCUCAGAUUUCAGCAAAUGGCAAAUCUUCCUAUGUGACGAACGGAUUGUUCCGGAAGAUGACAAAGAAUCGACGUACGGUGUCUACAAGCGGGAUCUGCUGGAUUGUCAUCCUGAGUUCCCCAAGACGGCUUUCUUCCCGGUCAACUGUAAUCUGAACCCGGCUGAGGCAGCCGCAGAUUACGAGAAAACCAUUCGCAAUGCGUUUGGUUUGGAGAAUUCAAAGGAAAUUCCGUCGUUCGAUUUGCUGAUUUUAGGAAUCGGACCAGACGGCCACACGGCUUCGCUCUUUCCCGGGCAUCCCUUGUUGGAGGAGGAAGAAAAAUUGAUCGCACCGAUUGAGAAUUCUCCGAAACCACCGCCGAAGCGAGUAACGAUGACUUACCCGCUUAUCAACAACGCGAAGGUUUGCUUGUUCGGCUCACAGGGUGAGUCGAAGGCGGACAUUUUGCGAAGAAUUUUGGUGGACAAAGAUCAGUCUCUCCCGGUGACCAGGGUGGAUCCCAAAAACGGACAUUUGAUUUUCGUAGCGUGCGAUGGAGCUGCCAGCAAGAUCGACGGAAACCCAAGUCGUAAGGCUAAGGCCUGAAUUUUGAAAUAGAUGGCAUUUUACUACACAGAUUUAAGUGCCUUUUGAGAUCAAUCAUUGAAAGCAGCUUUUCACCAGUGCACAAAUGUAUCGUACAGGAUUUUGUGAUAAGAAAUCAUCUCUUUUUUAUUGUUUAUUGUCGUAAAAGUAAAAUAAAUUAUAUUACAUCAUAA